CAGUGCGUUUCUUCGGGUCGGGUGACGUCAGUGCCAGGCAGAAGCCAGGAGGGUGUUCGAGUGUUAGGGGCAGCAGCGGGUCCUCCAAAGGUUAACCCGGAGCAGGGCAGCAACACGUGACCUCCGUUCCUGGGGUAUCCAGGGCAGCAACAUUGAAAGGAGGCAUGGCGGAGGCACAACAACCCUCAGGAACAACAAAAUACAAUCCUGAAGCUGCUGAUUUCAUUCCCCGGGAGAGAGCUAGCCACCAGCCAAGCUGGCGAGGACAUGGAAGAGCAGAAUCCAAUAUUAGUUGGAAUAGAAACAGUGUCGUGCCCACAUCACAACAGCAUCAUCCACCUAAGGAGAAUAAUCGUGAUAGCCCAGUACAAAAAUUGCACACCUAUAAUAGCUCUGCCAAAAGUAACAGUGGAAGAAGUCAGCAUGACUUACCUGAUACAGCCAGUGCUAGCAAACCUGUCAAGAAUCAUAGCUUUCAGAACCAGAGAUGGCAGCGCUCAAGAAGUGAGCGAUCACACACAAGAAAUCAACCAAGGCAACCUCUCUCUGACACGUCAUCUAGGGCAGCUUAUUGUGGAACUACUCCGCUCGGUGAUUGGCGUACAAGAACUAGAGAACCCAGUGACUUAUGCUCUUCGGAAAGUGAGAAGGAGGUGGGGAAUGCCGACAACCGAGGAGCCAAGCCAAAGAGAUUGACACAUGUCUCAGGUGGCUCCCUCAGGGGUCCAAGAGAUAGAACAAAGAAUUUAUAUGAUCGUGAGAAACGGGUAGCUCCUAUUCAAAAGACAGAGCUGUUUGAAAACAUUCCUCCUCGGGAUGUGGUGAAACAUAUACCAUCCAAGGACGAAGUUUUCAAAACAAGACUUGAGAGAGAUGUAGGACUUGAAGAGAAGUCAAGGCGUCCUUACCCCAAGAAGAACACUCAGCAGGACUCCCUUGACUGGAGGAAGCCUCAGAAAGAGGAUCAACUGUGUAAAGAAAAUGAGUCUCAGGGGAGCAAGAGUUCAAGACAUGAGAAAAGCCAACCACCAGUGUUUACAUCAAAAGAGAAAAACACAGAGAGGGAUAAAGAGCAGUCUGUCUCAAAUAUGUAUCAGGAAUCAAAAACCCGUGGACAUCACUGGGGAAUUGAUGGAGACAAACAUUCAGGGCGGAAACACCACUCUCAGGACAGUGCUCCUAAAACAUCUAUGCAUUCAGGGUGGAGAAGACAGCAUAAAAAAGACAUACCAAAGAACAAGGAAACACACACAGGGUCUUUGAUCGAGCAGCUGACAGAGGAGAAAUACGAAUGUAUGGUGUGCUGUGAGGUGGUACGUGUCAUGGCUCCAGUGUGGAGCUGUCAAAGCUGCUACCAUGUAUUUCAUCUCAACUGCAUAAAGAAAUGGGCUAGAUCUCCUGCUUCACAAGCCGAAGAUGGAAAUAGUGGUUGGAGAUGUCCUGCGUGUCAAAAUGUCUCACCUCGAGUUCCUAGUAUCUACACCUGCUUUUGUGGCAAAGUGAACCACCCUGAAUGGAACAGGAAUGAAAUUCCUCACAGUUGCGGAGAGCUUUGUGGCAAGAAACGCUCAGGCUUCGACUGUCCACACACCUGCAACAUUCUCUGCCACCCUGGUCCAUGCCCAUCAUGUCCUGCCUUUGUGACAAAAACUUGUGAAUGUGGAAGGACAAGCCAGUCGGUUCGGUGCGGGCUGUCCGCUACAAUGCAUUGUACAAAUGUAUGUGGGAAUCCGUUGAACUGUGGGGAGCACAGCUGUACUCAGGUGUGUCAUGCUGGGAAGUGUCAGUCUUGUCAGCAAAUUAUACAUCAAGCUUGCUACUGCGACGGGAGCUCUCGGGAUGUAGCAUGUGGGACAGACAAAGAUAUUUAUGAUGGUUUUGGAAACUUCUCCUGCCAGAAGCUUUGUGGCAAGAAACUGAACUGUGGCAAGCAUAGCUGUACAGAAGUCUGUCACCCUCAGCCCUGCCAACCAUGUCCACGGCUCCCUCAGAUUGUGCGUUUUUGCCCCUGUGGACAGACACCCCUGAGCAAACUGCUGGAGUUGGGUUGUGUAGAUCGGAAAACUUGUACAGAUCCCAUACCUUCCUGUGGAAAGACCUGCGGCAAGCCUUUACCUUGCGGUUCUCAUGAUUACAUUCAUACCUGUGAGAACCUCUGUCAUGAAGGGGAAUGUGGGCCAUGUUCUCGUACAUCCAGUAUAACUUGCCGGUGUGGCACCAAAACAAAGGAAGUUUCCUGUGCACUGAUUCAGAAUGAAGGUGAUCUUACAUUUAUUUGUGAUAAACGCUGCAACAAGAAACGUCAGUGUGGACGCCAUAAAUGCAAUGAAAUUUGCUGUGUGGACAAAGAACACAAGUGCUCCUUAAUUUGUGGACAUAAACUCAAUUGUGGCCUUCACCGGUGUGAUGAACCUUGUCAUCGUGGGAACUGUCAGAACUGCUGGCAGACAAGUUUUGAUGAGCUCACAUGCUACUGCGGAGAGACUGUGAUUUUCCCUCCCAUCCCUUGUGGCACCAGACCUCCUGAGUGUAAAAACCCUUGUACUCGACAACAUGAGUGUGAUCAUCCAGUGUUUCAUUCAUGUCACAGUGAAGAGAAAUGUCCACCCUGCACAUAUCUUACGCAAAAAUGGUGCAUGGGUAAACAUGAGCUUCGAAACAAUAUCCCGUGUCAUCUUACUGAUAUUUCAUGCGGUUUACGUUGCAAUCAGCUCUUACUGUGUGGAAUGCACAAAUGUAAAAGGAUCUGCCACAAAGGUGAUUGCCUUAUAGAUGAAGACUGUAAACAGCCGUGUACCUUCCCAAGGCCAGAUUGUGGGCAUCCAUGCAAUGCCCCCUGCCACCCUUCACAACCAUGUCCACCCUCCAUCUGCACUGCACAGGUUGAACUGCAGUGUGAAUGUGGCAGACGGAAAGAAACCAUGGUUUGCUCUGUAGCAUCCUCUACAUAUCAAAGAAUAACUGCUAUAUCUAUGGCUACAAAACUUACUGAAAUGCAGCUUGGUGAUACCAUGGAUAUUGGAAAACUUGUCACCAAAAAAGAAAUGAAGCAGACGAGGCUGCAAUGUGAUGAAGAGUGCAUGGCUCUGGAAAGAAACAGACGUCUGGCAGAGGCCUUGAAUAUUUCUGAAAACUCAGACCCGUUUAACAUUCGUUCAUCUGGUUCCAAGUAUAGCGACAACCUAAAAGAAGAUGCAAGGAGAGAUUUAAAGUUUGCCUCUGAACUAGAAAAAGAAAUGAAAGCUCUUGUGGAUGCUGUUAACAAGGGAAAGCAAACCAAAAAAAGUCACUGUUUUCCACCGAUGAACAGAGACCACCGGAAACUUAUCCAUGAUCUUGCUGAAGUUUACUGUGUAGAAAGCGUGAGCUAUGACAACGAGCCCAAACGCAAUGUUGUAAUCACAGCUGUAAAGGGUAAGUCCAUGUGCCCCAACGUUUCCCUCAUUACUGUGCUUGAAAGAGAGAUCCAAGCAAGGCCUCCUCCACCUAUUGCGCAUUACAGACAUCAGAGUGACCGUGGUGGAAACAGCAGUGCACAGUGGGCACUGAGAGAUGAACCUGUAAUAGACUACUUUGAUGUCCAAGACUAACUGCAAACCUGCAAUACAUCAGCCUAAGGAAUGUGCUGUAUCAACGUGCAUUUGUGGCAACACAAAGCUGUGAAGCUUUCACAAGAUGCUGUAGAGCAGCCACUGUGCUAUUAAAUAUGAGACGCCAAGAUGAGCUGUGUACACGGAGAAGCUAGUUUGCUCGUGCAAGAUAAAUCCUAACCAGCAAAGCACAAGGUUCUCAUCAAUUUUCAGAAACGGCCAUUUACAAAUGUUGAUAUAUGAAAUACAGUCAGUACCAAAUUCUGAGCCUGAUUAACAAUAAACAUUCACUUUGUGAUAGUUUGAUUCUCUUAGAGGGACCUUAGAUAAAAGGAGUCUGGGUUCCACAAUUUAUCAUUACAGAUAGUUGUAUACAUGACUGAAGUGUUUAUGAGACAGAUGUGCUGUUUGCCGCAGAUAUCCUAGAAGGUGAAAAUUACCUUUCAAAUAUAUCGCAUUGUCCCCUCCUGUUUGUUUCAAAUCACUGACAUCUAGCAAGUAAUUCUUUUUUUUUUUUUUCUGGCGAUUUCAUAGUUAAAAUAGUUAAUUAAUUGUCAUUAAAAUGUAUUUGCUAAUAGGUUGUCAUAAUUAAAUUGGUAAAACUUUGUAUUUAAAAGCUGCAGUGCUAAAAAUAAUAAAUUCCAGGGAAAUAUGUUUCAGUAAAUUAAAAAUUGUUGGUUAAAAGGAUAUUAAACACGUCUCUCUUUUGUGCUUGUACCACACUACAUAUAGAGGUCAAAAAGCUAAAUCUGUAAUCUGCAAUUUAAAUAGCUGGUUUUGGCAGCAGCAUUUUGAAAACUUUUCUGACAGAAUUUCUUUUUUAGCCUCUUUUAGUAACGUGGGACAAAGCACAAUUUUUACACAAAAAGCAGGUGGUGUUUGAUAUCCCUUUUAAGAUCGUCAAAAGUAUUCUAAAUAAAUUAUCCAAUAGUUUCCACAAUAUCUAUUCAGUGGAAUAAAUCGAAUCACUUUACAAUAUCUGCUCCAAAUUGGGUAUUUAUCGUUUAAUGGGCGUGCCCAAAUUUCAGUAGCUUGAUCAAUUGUAGACUGGUUAUAGGGCUGUACUGCAAACAUUUCUUUAUAUCGUUUCAAUUAUAUGGUGAAAAUAAAUACCUUCAUUCUUCUGCUAGUGAGGUUGAUAAGUCUUAUUUGCCUUCUUUGAAUUUAAACAAAGAAUAGAAAAUCAAUCUCGCAUGGAACAAAUUUAAAAACAGCGGUUUCAUCACAUUUUUGGUGUUGUUUAUUCAGUGCCUUUAGUAGUUUAGUUUUCAUACAUGAAAUAAAACCAAUUGCAGAUAUUAAAUGUGAAAUAGGUGAACAGCCUUUGUUUUAAAUGUCAUUAUUCUGUAAAGCACAAUAUGCAUUGACAAUGUGUUUUAUAAUUUAAUUCAAUUCUUAAACAGCUGUACUCAGGUUUAGUCUUCAAGCCCACUAUUUCUAGUUCUGUGUAGCUGAAAUCUGGGGGCUACAGAUUAUGAGAACCAAAAAAAAAUCAUGUAAUUUAAUAUACUAUAGUAACUUUAUAUUUGAUUCUGUUAGAAAUCUUCCAAUGGUUUAAUUUGUAGGCAAAAAAAGUUAUAUUUAAUAGAAGUGAAAUAAAAUUCUAAGUUAAAUCAUAAACAUAGGGUAUUAAGCCUUUAAUACAGUAGAACACAUUUAUAGAUACUUGGUUCUUAGAUACUUUGCAUAUUUAUAAAAAUAAAAAAUCCUCUGCUUUCUGCCAAUAGACCACAUUUCCUCUGCAAUGUCAGUAGCUGCCUCAUUUUUAGUAUGAAAAUAUUCCUGCGCAUUCAGUUGCCUUAUUGUGCUACUGAGAGUCUUUGGAACAAUGAGCAGAAAUUUCCAGCAUUCCUAUAGGCUGUAUUCCCUUUUGGUUGUUAGGACAACAGCCAGUAGUGGCUGAGAUGUAUCUUUUACCCCCAGUAACAUAAGAUCCAAUGCAAAAGUGAAUUGAGGCGACAGCUCUUAAUAAUACAAGCAGGAUUUACAUUGUAUUGUAUAUUUUAGUCUGGGGAACUUCUAUGUAUUCUCUCUUUUAUUCUUUAUUUUUUAUUGCAGAUUUCAUCUACAUACAUACAUUAGUUAUGGUCCAUUUCUUUAUAUUAUUUCUCAUAAAUUUUAAGGCAUAAAUUAUCACUGUCACUUUUUGUAUGACACUAUUUUUUUUUUCUUGAUUUCUACAUUCAUUUUAUAGGGGCAAAUAAAUGACAAUGAGUCACAAAUGUUAUAACAAGUCAUAAGUUGUUCUGGUUAGGUUGUCACUUCAUUUUGUGAUAUCAAAAUGAAAGCACACUGGUCAUUUUAAAUUCCAAAUUUUUAUUUAACAAAACUGAAAUGUUUGCAGUACAUAGAGCAAACACGGUACCUUAGUUAUAUUUCUUUAAAGGGACAUGAUACCCUAAUGUUGAAGCACUUGAAAGUGAUGCAGUAUAGCUGUAAAAAGCUAUCACCUGCACAUCUCUAUGUAAAAAGGAAGAUAUUUACCUCAAAAUUUCCUAAGUAUUCACACCCCACUGGAAAGAUCCUUUUGGCAGCCAAUCAGGAUGCUAAUCCCAGGACUUGCUAGGGAGUGUGCAUCUGGCAUGUGCAGGCACAGUCAUGUUAUUUUCCUAUUCAGUUAAAGGAAGUUUUACAAUUAAAGGGACAUGAAACCCACAUUUUUUUCUUUCAUGGUUUAGAAAGAGCAUGCAAUUUUAAACAACUUUCUAAUUUACUUCUAUCAUCUCAUUUGCUUCAUUUUCUUGAUAUCUUUUGCUGAAAAGCAUAUAUAGAUAUGCUUAGAAGCUGCUGAUUGGUGGCUGCAUAUAGAUGCCUCGUGUUAUUGACUCAUCCAUGUGCAUUGCUAUUUCUUCAAGCAAGUAAAUCUAAAAAAUGAAGCAAAUUAGAUAACAGAAGUAAAUUGGAAUAUUGUUUAAAAUUGUAUUCUCUACCUGAAUAAUGAAGGAAAUUUUUUGAGUUUAGUGUCCCUUUAAAUCUUAUAAGGUCACAUCAAAGCAAUGCAUGACCUUAGCACUGCUGAUGCUGAUUUUUUUUUUUUUUUUAACUUGCCGCUGGACAGCAGCUGAAGUAUAACUGUUUACAGAGCACUUACUCUAGUGAGCCGCAGCAAUUGUGAGGUAAAAUCAUUUUUAAAUAGAGAUGUUCAUUUGAUAUAUUUUUUCUUUUUUCAGUUAUUUAUGUCCCUUUAAAUAAUAAUAAUAAUAAUAAUAAUAAUGAUAUAUAUAUAUAUCACCAAUAUAUCUAAAAAAAAAUAGAUAAUUUUUUGGUGAAUAGAAUGAUCUCAUCUUAGUGAAUACUAUCCACUCUCUCCAGGCUUGAUGUAAUUUCCCUGGAUUAACAAAACACACAGAAACCUUUACUGUUAACCGUAAAAAAAAAAUCUUGCACAGCAUCUCAUAGAAAGGCAAACUGUGUAAUAUAAAAGCAGAACUGACUAUUUUAUUUGGCAUUGUGAGAAGACAUGCAAAUUAAGUGCUCUUUACAAGUUUUGAGUAAUUGACACAAGUGAAUGGUGAAAUCCUAAAUGUGUCAAUGUUGAAGUGGUCUGUUAUCCUGAAGAAGUGCUCCAAAUAUACCGUGCUUUUAUGUACAGUAUGAACAAGGUGUCUAUUGUUAAAAUACAUGGAAAUUGUCUGUGAUCUUUGCUCUGUCAAUGGUAUAUUUUUGUUUUUCUUAAAUAUGCCAUGUUAAAUUGACAAAGAUAUCACGCUUCUGAUUCAUGUCAUUAGAGUAUUAAUAAAUUAAAUAUAUCAGGGCUGUAUAUGUUGACGCUUAAGAAACUAUAAUAAGUAGAACACAUUAAAAUGAGAAAUUCCAUUGUAGAAUUAACUUUUUAUUGCAGCUGACUAGUUAUCAAUUUUAUAUUAAAUACUUCUUAUGUGGGGGCUGUAUACAUUAGUACAUUGCUAUUUGCAGAUAAGCGCACUACACGCUGCCCCAGAAGAUGGGGAGGGAAGGUCAAGUUAUUAUAUUGUUAACUUUAGCUUUUUGGCUACAAAAAAAUGUUUAGAGCUUUUAACUUCUGAUUAAAUGUUCUCUGCAUUCCGAGUAUUUUAUUUUCUCCCUAUCAUGAUCCAUUCAAGGAAGGAAAUAUAUACUGCUCAUGCGUAAUUAUUCAGUGGUGAGUGGAUGCUUUGUAUUUCUACAGGUGCUGAUAAUAUAGCAUGUGGGCUUCAUCUGUGCAUUAUUUUGCAAGGCAGGAUUGCUCCACUAAAAUAUUACAAUUCACCUGGGCUUCAACACAGUGAAUAUUGUAAACUAAAUAUUUUUAAAAUAUUACAAUAUAAAUAUAAAAAAGUGUAAUACAAUCAUCAGUCUGAUAAUUAAGUCCAGCAUAAUUUUUUUCUAUGUAAAUAUGAGUCCACAUAAGAAUCACUACAGUUUCAACUCAAAUGUAGUAAAUGUCAUACAAAUGUAAAUGCAAACUGAAUGUACUUACUAAAACUAAUUAAAACAUUACCUUUAACAAGGUCUGAAAGGUUUCUGUCCAUUAGAAACUUGUACAGAGUAAUCUUCCUUCACGCUGCCAUGAAGGUUCAGUUGAAUGAACAACUGCUGCACUCCCCCCCCCGUUUUUUGUUUUUUUAUUUACACAUUCAUAACCUAUCCUGAAUUUUUUUUUUUUAUCCAAUAGCAAUAUUUAUACUUGAAAUGCUGAGAUAAAAAGUAACUUUCAAUAUGUUUAAAAUGUUUGAUUUAUUUUAUUCUUUCUCUAAUGACAUGUUUUCAAAAGUAGGAGAUUUGUGUCCUUAAGCAGAAGUGUGUUAUCUCUGUCUUUUACACAUUGAGUUGAGGCUUUCUUUAUUUUGAAAAUAUUUUUCACCUAAUGGCAUCAGAUUGAUAACAAACUGUAAUAAAAACCAGCAUUCAACAAUAAA